AUGUCUACUAUUGCAGCCCGUCGAAAGGCGUACAUCGCUCUUGGAAGCAAUGUAGGCGACAGGCUUGACAUGAUUGAAAAAGCAUGUCUAGCCCUGGAUCAAGAUCCGGAUAUCAAAGUCACACGGACGAGUUUGCUCUAUGAGACUGAACCCAUGUACGUUCAGGAUCAAGCCAGAUUUCUCAAUGGCGCUUGUGAGGUUGAAACCACACUGGAGCCAAUGCCUUUGCUGGAUAGAUUGCAAGCUAUUGAGAAUGAGUUAGGGCGUGUCAAGCUCAUCGACAAAGGACCACGAAGCAUCGAUCUGGAUAUCUUGCUGUACGAAGAGCAAGUGAUUGAUACAGAACGUUUGAAGGUCCCGCAUAUCUUGAUGCUGGAAAGAGAAUUUGUGCUACGCCCGCUCUGCGACAUCAUCCCAGACACGACACCUUCAAUCGGCCAAACACGGGUACCUCUUCGAGAAAGUUUGCGAAGACUAGCAUCUUCUGCUUCUACCCCCAUAUCAACUACAACGAGUAUGGGAGAAGGCACAUUUUCAAUUCGAGCUCUGGAAGCCACACGUCCUACGCAUGUCAUGUCUAUUCUCAAUACUACCCCUGACUCGUUCUCGGACGGAGGCCUAAAUUCACCUACUGACGAAACAGCGCUUCGCAGAACGAUCACAUCUCAUAUCCGCGAAGGUGCCACAAUCAUCGACAUAGGUGGACAAUCAUCUCGUCCGAAUGCCCCGGAUGUGACAGCAGAAGAGGAACUUGCGCGGGUUCUGCCUGCUAUCAAGGUCAUCAAAUCUCUGCCCGAGGCGUCAAAUGUUUGCAUCAGCAUCGAUACCUAUCGAGCAACAGUGGCCGAAAAAGCUAUUCGGGCAGGUGCCCAUGUUAUAAAUGAUAUUUCUGGAGGUCUACUUGAUGUCGACAUGCUUCCUACAGUUGGCCGUCUGGGUUGCACCGUAUGCUUGAUGCACAUGAGGGGCACCCCAGCAACAAUGACGAGUGCAGAGAACUGCUCAUAUCCUGACGGUCUAAUUCCUACGAUAGCUAAAGAACUUCUGGAUAGGGUCAGAGCGGCAGAAGAAGCUGGAAUCCGUCGCUGGCGCAUAGUUCUAGACCCAGGGAUUGGUUUCGCCAAAACAACCGAACAGAACCUGGAAAUCCUGAGGCGCAUGGGCGAACUCAGGAGUUGGCCUGGCUUGGUCGGGUUCCCCUGGCUCUUGGGCAGCAGUAGAAAGGGCUUCGUGGGCAAGAUCACAGGGGUCAAGGACGCAAGAGAGCGUACUUGGGGCACAGCAGCGACCGUCGCAGCGGCUGUCCAAGGCGGAGCAGAUGUAGUGCGUGUGCAUGAUGUGGAUGAGAUGGUCAAAGUGACCAAAAUGUCUGAUGCUAUCUGGCGAGCAUAG